UGUUUCCCUCUCUUUCUCUCUAGGUUUCAGAAACAUGUUCACACAUACAGGAUCCUGCCUGAUGAGGAGAACUUCCUGGCGGUGCAGGUACAGUGUGUGUGUGUGUGUGUCGUGACGGCGUCGAACGGCCUGAGCACCAUCUCUCACGAGUAUCUGAAGAGCAGCUACACUCUGGAUCUGGAGGCUGUUAAGCAGGGAGCAAACAGCCUUCCUCACCUCAACAAGACACUGGUGGCGUCCUGCAAACGCCUGCAUGGGGAGGUGGAUAAGGUCCUGUGCGGUCUGGAGAUCCUGUCGAAGGUCUUUGAUCAGCAGAGCGCCUCCAUGGUGUCCAGAAUGAUCCAGCAGACCAUGUCUCAGGGUGGAGAUCAAGAGCUGGAGCAUCUGGUCACUAAACUGGCCAUCCUCAAAGAUCUGCUGUCAUCUAUAGAGAAGAAGGCUCUGAAGGCUCUUCAGGACAUGAGCUCAUCUACUCCGAACAUCUCACCGCUGCUGUCCAUCAGACACAAAGCUAUUCCUGUGCAGACCUUCGAGGUGAAACUGGACGUGUAUCUGGCCGACCUGACGAAGAUUGGGAAGAGUCAGAAAUACUCCCUGAGUGUGGACGUGGAGGGAGGAAAACUGGUGGUGAUGAAGAAGAUGAAGGACGCACAGGAAGACUGGAACACGUUCACACACGACAAGAUUCGGCAGCUGAUAAAGUCUCAGCGUGUUCAGAAUAAACUCGGAAUCGUCUUUGAGAAGGAAAAAGACAAAAGCCAGAGGAAAGAUUUCAUCUUUGCCAGUGCAAAAAAAAGGGAAGCAUUCUGCCAACUGCUGCAACUCAUGAAGAACAAACAUUCCAAUCAGGACGAGCCAGACAUGAUCUCCAUCUUCAUCGGAACAUGGAACAUGGGCGGUGUUCCUGCUCCGAAGUCGAUGGGAUCGUGGAUUUUAUCCCGAGGUUUGGGGAAGACUCUGGAUGAGAUGGCGGUGACGAUCCCUCAUGACAUCUAUGUGUUCGGGACGCAGGAGAACUCGGUGUGUGAUAAGGAGUGGGUGGAGACGCUCCGCUGCGCCCUCAAAGACUACACCGAGAUCGACUACAAACCCGUGAGACACGCUGCAAUCGCAAUUUUUACCAGAAAAUGUUACAGCAAUUUGAUUCCCAAAUCAUGCAGCCCCAGCUCGUAUUAUUUAUUAGUUUUUGUCUGUUUCCCAGGAAACAAAGGAGCAGUGGGCGUGUCCUUCAUGUUCAACGGAACGUCGUUUGGUUUCGUUAACUGUCACUUAACGUCUGGCAAUGAGAAAAUCCACAGACGGAACCAGAACUAUCUGGACAUCCUGCGUCAGCUGUCGCUGGGCGAUAAACAGCUGAACUCCUUCGACAUCUCGCUGAGAUUCACGCAUCUCUUCUGGUUCGGCGAUCUCAACUACCGGCUGGACAUGGACAUACAGGAAAUCCUCAACUACAUCAACAGGAAGGAGUUUGAGCCAUUGUUGAAGGUGGACCAGCUAAAUCUGGAGAGAGAGAAGAACAAGGUCUUCCUUCGCUUCACGGAGGAGGAGAUCACCUAUCCACCCACGUACCGUUAUGAGCGAGGCUCGCGAGACACGUACGUCUGGCAGAAGCAGAAGGCGACUGGGAUGCGGACCAACGUUCCUUCAUGGUGUGACAGAAUCCUCUGGAAAUCCUAUCCGGAGACACACAUCAUGUGCAACUCUUACGGCUGUACAGAUGAUAUUGUCACCAGCGAUCACUCGCCGGUCUUCGGCACGUUCGAGGUGGGCGUCACGUCUCAGUUCGUCUCUAAGAAAGGUCUGCCCAAGUCUUCAGAACAGGCCUACAUCGAGUUUGAGAACAUCGAAGCCAUCGUCAAGACGGCCAGCAGAACCAAAUUCUUCAUUGAGUUUUACUCAACGUGUCUGGAGGAGUUUAAGAAGAGUUAUGAGAACGACACUCAGAGCAGUGAUAACGUGAACUUCCUGCGUGUGGGCUGGUCGUCCAAACAGCUGACCACACUGAAGCCCAUCCUGUCCGACAUCGAGUAUCUGCAGGACCAGCAUCUGCUGCUGACGGUCAAAUCUCUGGACGGAUACGAGUCGUACGGUACGUGUGUGUGUGUUCUGGCCUUAAUAAACCGCAGGGAAACCAGACCUCAGAAGAAGAGCAUAGGCAAACAGGAUCCGUUCGAGGGCGACGCCAUGACGUGCAAAAACAGCUUCAAUAACCCCGCCUACUACAUUCUAGAAGGCGUUCCCAACCAAUCCGCUGCUCUGGCCUCUGACAUGCUCCCAAGCUCCACCCUCCCUCCGCUAGCCAAUAAAACAGCUCCUCCUGCAGGCGGCGUAGGGAAAAACAAGCCGCCCAGUGGGAGUUCAGUGCCGGGCCGCCGGCAGACGUCUGGACGCCCGGUUCGGCCCAUCAGCGAGGAAGGGUCAUCAGAGGACGACGGGAACAUCGGGCCUCACGUCGGGUCGCUGAAUCGUCCCCCGCCUGACUUCCCUCCUCCUCCGCUGCCCAAAGGAGCUCUGGAGAUGCCGGAGAACUCGUUCGGAAAACCACGGAUGUUUCCGGACCUCGCCGACGUCAAGAUCCCGCCCACGUCUGUAGUUCUGUCCAAACCGCUGUCGUCGCCCAGCUUCGCACCACCCUCUGGAGGAGGCGUGGCCUUCUGUCUGGAGGCACCGCCCAUUAACCCGAGCCCUUUCCGUCGUGGGGGCGGGGCCUCGGGACUGGACGACCAAUCGUGUUCGGUGCUGCAGAUGGCCAAGACGCUGAGUGAAGUACAGUAUCCGUCGGGGAGAGGCAUCAUGAAGACAAACGCUCCUCACAUCAGAGGCCUGACCUUCCCUCCGCGCUCCAUACAGGAGGAGAGCAUCGCAGAAGACAUGCCCGAGGAGGGCCUGUGGCAUGACGAGAGCAGCAGCAGCAGUCUGUCGGUGGAGUGCAACAUCGGCGAGUGGCUUCAGAAGCUCGGUCUGCAGCGUUACGAGGAGGGACUGCUGCACAACGGCUGGGACGACCUGGAGUUCCUUAGUGACAUCACAGAGGAGGAUCUGGAGGAGGCGGGCGUUCAUGACCCCGCCCACAAGAAAAUACUAUUGGCCAGCUUAAAGCAACAGCAGCAGCAGAAAUGAGCCGAUCCAGACCGGACUGAACCGAGAGAAACUUUGCACUGGUAGAGAAAGUGGUUUUAAUUUAAUCUGAUGUAAUAAAGCUGGUAGUUUUAGUUCCUAAUAUUAUUUAAACAAGUCAAAAAGGAUGUUUCGCUAAGCCCCGCCCCCGACUUCUGGAGGAAGUGAGUCAUCGGAACAUUCCUCACCUUUGGUGACUGAAGUGUUAAUUAUGAACAGUUUGUUUUUCUUGCAUGUUUUAUGACUUUAAAGGAAAGGGAAAAGCCCAAAUCAGCAGCUCACUGUGUAGGAGAUCAGUCAGUUUGUCAGAAAUCUUCUUCAGGUUUGUAACAGUAGGUGGCGCUGGAUGAUCAGCCUUCAUCUGACUGCAGCAGAUACAGAUGUGAAUCUUUGUUCGUUCGUUCGUUCAAAUGCAGUCUGAUUCGUUCAUUCAAGAUGUGAUGAGUUCACACCCUGCUUCAGAUUCAGUGUUUGUGUCUCAGUCUCAAAGAGCUUUUCUUUCAGAUGAGCUUCAGUUUGGGAAGCUGGAGUUUGACCUCGUUCUGUAAUGCAUCACACCGCUGUAGUCUUUAGCAGGAAAACUGUUCGUUUUAUUUAACAGAGUCUUUAAUAUUAUUAUCAUUGGGGUGUUUCUCCUAAAAUGCAUGUAUAUGUGUUUUGUGUAUUAAGUUUUAACUUUAUAUGUUUCUCGCCCGUCAUUCAUAAUCAUAAUCCUUUGAAUAUAAAUAACUCUGUUGUUAUAAGUUAAUAUUGUGUUUGAGUUUCUGUCCUUUUAAUG